AUGGCGGUGGCAACAACGACCUGCAUCAAGAAGAACUGGAAGUACCCCGGAGGCUGCGGUAACGCUAGAGGCAUGCACCACCACUAUGUUCUCUCCGACAAUUACCAUCUUAGGUACUUCGACAAGGUCGGCAUGUGCUACUUCCACCGCCCCUGCAACAAGUCCUACUGUUCCACCGUCAGCACCGACCACCUUUGGUCUCUCGACCCCGACGACGUUAAGAAGCCCGCCAUAGUUUAUGACAGCAAUUCUACCUGCUUGGCCGGUGUCACCCCGUUCAGCUACUUCAAAAUUCUUAGGUGGGGCGCACUCACCGGCCAGUUUCGUUAUUAA